CGUCAUAAUUGUGUGAACAAAAUGCAGUCACUGCGUUAUCCUUUGAUGCUCGUCUUCAUAAUAUGCCUAGUGUUCUUUUCCAUAAUCGUAUCGUUAACGUACUUACUGGCGGGCAAAGGAAGCCAACUGGAUUUCAGUUGGUUCCUCCGAAAAACCUCCCCUUACUUGUGGUGCGCCAUAGGAGUAGGAUUUUCCGUUUCCCUGUCGGUCAGCGGGGCUGCGAUUGGAAUAUGGACAACGGGGGUGAGCAUCAUGAGCGCCGGAAUCAGGGCUCCGAGGAUCAGCACCAAGAACCUGGUCUCUAUAAUCUUCUGCGAAGCGGUCGCCAUAUACGGUAUGAUAAUGGCCAUAGUACUGACCAGCAAUUUCGUGGAGAUAACGGAGAGCUCCUUCAACGAUCCGGAGACGAUGCAGGGUAACAUGAUGUCUUCCUAUUGCAUCUUCGGCGCUGGCCUGACGGUGGGUUUCGUAGAUUUUUUCUGCGGGUUGUGCGUGGGCAUCGUGGGAUCCGGGGCUGCCCUGUGCGACGCCGCCAACAGGACUCUGUUCAUAAAGAUUCUUAUUAUCGAGAUAUUCGGGAGUGCCAUUGGGUUGUUCGGACUGAUCAUAGGGAUUUACCUUACGUCUAGGAUGAAUAUGUUACCGUGAGCGAAAAGUUGUUAAGAUUUUCUGUAGAUGUAGGUGAAUAAAUAUUGUUUGAUACCUUCA